GUGGAGCCCCGACUUUUAUCUGCAGUGACUUGAGAGGAUUUUGUUUUGAAAGUGCACAUGUAUCAGAAUGGGUAGACUUUUUGGUAUGCAUGUCGCAUGUGGUGCGGGAAAGCACACGCGAACGGUCUAGAGGCACUGAUAAGGGCUUGCGAAAGUGCUAGUUGAAGCCUAAAGACUUAAAAAGUCAAGCCCGUAGUCAGCUGCUUUACCAUAAUAACACCGUAGCCCGCUUCCAGUUCGGUAUCUGCUCCCGCUUUCAGGACUGGGGCGCACUGCACUUGUCUUCCUGAGUUGUACUUUGCCCGGUUUGCCUUGAAAUCCGUGAGAAGCGAAGCGCGACGGUGGUUGAACGUCCCAGGCAGCCGGAGCCAGAGCCCGAGCCUUCGCGGCGCCCUGGUCUUCUCCCGCCGCACCCAGCCUGGGCGCGAGAGGACAGCGCGAGAGCCCGAGCCGCGGGCGGCGGGCAGGCGGCGAAGAUGGCAGAGGCAUCAGCCUCCCAGGUCCCGCUCUCUCCGCUGGAAGUGGAGCUGGACCCAGAGUUCGAGCCCCAGAGUCGGCCGCGCUCCUGUACGUGGCCCCUGCAGAGGCCGGAGCUGCAGGCGAGCCCUGCCAAGCCCUCGGGGGAGACGGCCGCAGACUCCAUGAUCCCCGAGGAGGACGACGAUGAAGACGACGAGGACAGUGGCGGCCGAGCCAGCUCGGCCAUGGUGAUCGGUGGCGGCCUGAGUAGCACGCUGGGCUCAGGGUUGCUCCUCGAGGACUCGACCAGGCUGCUGGCUCCCGGAGGGCAGGACCUCGGGUCCGGGUCAGCGUCCGCUGCAGGCGCCCUGAGCGGGGGCACGCAAACGCCACUGCAGACCCAGCAGCCACUGCCACCGCCGCAGCCGGGGGCGGCUGGGGGUUCCGGGCAGCCGAGGAAAUGCUCUUCGCGGCGGAAUGCCUGGGGGAACCUGUCCUACGCCGACCUGAUCACCCGCGCCAUCGAGAGCUCCCCGGACAAACGACUCACUUUGUCCCAGAUCUACGAGUGGAUGGUGCGCUGUGUGCCCUACUUCAAGGAUAAGGGCGACAGCAACAGCUCGGCGGGCUGGAAGAACUCUAUCCGGCACAACCUGUCACUGCACAGCCGAUUCAUGCGGGUUCAGAAUGAGGGGACCGGCAAGAGCUCCUGGUGGAUCAUCAACCCUGAUGGGGGGAAGAGUGGGAAGGCCCCCCGCCGACGGGCUGUCUCUAUGGACAACAGCAACAAGUACACCAAGAGCCGUGGCCGAGCAGCCAAGAAGAAGGCGGCCCUGCAAGCUGCCCCAGAGUCAACAGAUGACAGCCCUUCCCAGCUCUCCAAGUGGCCCGGCAGCCCCACAUCCCGCAGCAGCGACGAGCUGGACGCGUGGACAGACUUCCGCUCACGAACCAAUUCGAACGCCAGCACAGUUAGUGGCCGCCUGUCGCCCAUCCUGGCAAGCACAGAGUUGGAUGAUGUCCAGGACGACGAUGCUCCACUCUCCCCCAUGCUCUACAGCAACUCUGCCAGCCUGUCACCCUCUGUGAGCAAGCCGUGUACUGUGGAGCUCCCGCGGCUGACUGACAUGGCAGGCACCAUGAAUCUGAACGAUGGGUUGGCUGACAACCUCAUGGAUGACCUGCUCGAUAACAUCGCGCUCCCACCGUCCCAGCAGUCACCUCCUGGGGGGCUUAUGCAGCGGAGCUCCAGCUUCCCGUACACCGCUAAGAGCUCUGGCCUAAGUUCCCCCACCAGCUCCUUCAACAGCACCGUGUUCGGGCCCUCGUCUCUGAACUCCUUGCGCCAGUCACCCAUGCAGACCAUCCAAGAGAACAAGGCAGCCACCUUUUCUUCCAUGUCACACUAUGGCAACCAGACACUCCAAGACCUGCUCACUUCGGACUCACUCAGCCACAGCGAUGUCAUGAUGACCCAGUCAGACCCCUUGAUGUCUCAGGCCAGCACUGCUGUGUCUGCCCAGAACGCCCGCCGGAAUGUGAUGCUUCGCAAUGACCCGAUGAUGUCCUUUGCUGCCCAGCCUACCCAGGGAAGUUUGGUCAAUCAGAACUUGCUCCACCACCAGCACCAAACCCAGGGCGCUCUUGGUGGCAGCCGUGCCUUGUCAAGUUCUGUCAGCAACCUGGGCUUGAGUGACUCCAGCAGCCUCGGGUCAGCCAAACACCAGCAGCCGUCUCACGCCAGCCAGUCUAUGCAAACCCUCUCGGACUCUCUCUCAGGCUCCUCACUGUACUCGGCUAAUGCAAACCUUCCUGUCAUGGGCCAUGAUAAGUUCCCCAGUGACUUGGACCUGGACAUGUUCAAUGGGAGCUUGGAAUGUGACAUGGAGUCCAUUAUCCGUAGUGAGCUCAUGGACGCCGAUGGGUUGGAUUUUAACUUUGACUCCCUCAUCUCCACACAGAGCGUUGUUGGUUUGAACGUGGGGAACUUCACUGGUGCUAAGCAGGCCUCAUCUCAGAGCUGGGUGCCAGGCUGAAGGAUCACUGAGGAAAGGGGAAGUGGGCAAAGCAGACCCUCACACUGACAGAAGACCUACAGAGAAAAUCCUUUGCCAAAUCUGCUCCCAGCAAGUGGACAGUGAUACCGUUUACAGCUUGACACCUUCGUGAAUCCCACGCCAUUUUCCUAACCCAGCAGAGACUGUUAGCAGCCCUGGCCCUGGGUGAAGCCCUUACCCGUGGAACAGAACUCUAUAAAGUAUGCAAAAUCUAACUCUGAGUGACCUGCCAGCGAGGACAGCACCCUUCAGCACCCCCCCACCCCCCCACCCCCGUUUUCCUUCUGAGCUCAGCGGGUGCCCCAAAGGCCAUUCUCCAGUGCUCCACUGUCAUGGUGGUUUCUGGGAUAGGUUAAGCUUUGUUUUGUGUUGGUUUCCCUUGGACCCUCUGAGUUUUUUACACAUGGUAACUUGCAGUAUUUUUCUGUUGAGAAGGCUAACCCCCCCCCCCCCCCCAGCACACUUAAAAGCAGGAAAGCGCCAGAACCAGUUCUCAGGCUGGCUUGGAGCAUCACAAGCUUUUGAGCCUGCGGAACUCCACAAACCUAACACAUUACAUAAACUAAAGGGGGUUUUCUUUUUCCUUUUUUGUUUGGUAGAAAAUUAUCUUUAAAAAAAAAAAAAAAAAACACUGAACAAUGGCACAAUUGUUUCCUCUGCGCACCCGUCCAGAACUGAACUACGCGUAGGCAAAGCAAAUGGAGGCAGGCAUCUGACCCAGGAGUUUCCCGUUCUGAGUCGGGGUGGUCUGUGGGCGGGGACCCCGGGGCCCACCCUAUAGCUGCCUGGUCAGUGUAGGGCUUCUGGUCCCGUCCUUCGCCGCAGCUAAUGCAGUAGACCGUGUCUGCUCUUAGGAACCAGGACCUCUUCAGGAAAGUUCAGCUACUGCUCAUUGCCAAAUGCCACUAGGGGCUUAGUUUCAAGGAGAAGAGAGAAAAGGAAUGUGAGCUGGUUUGCUUCAUAGAAGGUAGGGGAUUACUGGUGAGCCAUUGGGUCAUGCCAUGAGGAACGUACGAAAUAGGCAAGCCAAGUCUACACCGAGGCAGCCCCGACUUCACUAUUUUGAAACAUGCACGUCUUUUGAUUACUUUCAGCCUUGCUGUGUAGAUUCUGAUCUUUCUAGAAGUGUGUGAGUGACAGGCAAUAGCAUACAAGGUGAUAUAUAUAUAAGCUUAGGUUGUAAUUGUACAGGUGACACUUGGAAAUACAAGCUAAGGCCAUUUAAACUUUUUUUUCCAAACUUUCUGCUUCUAUGGAUCUCAUUUUUUGUUUUGUUUUCAAAAAGUUAUGGUGCUGUAUAGGUGCUUUCUGUUUAACCUGCAAAGUGUGAGUGUACUCAUGACACCUUUGGUGGACAGUUGGGGACACCUUUGGUACGUAAGAAACUGGUGUGGUGAUGCCCUGGUUAGCACAGCAUACACGCACUUCUCCAAAGUGAUAUACGAAGACUCUUUUCUUGCAUAAAAAGCAUUAGGCAUGUAAGUGUAUAAAUAUAUUUUAUCAUGUACAGUACAAAAAUGGAACUUUCUGCAUGGUGUUAGGAAUGUGGGCUAAUGUUCCAGCACGGUUUCCCUGCUCGAGUUCUCGCUGUUGCUCACACUGUGGCAGUGGGCACCAACACAGGCGUGCCACCCAGUCCCUCGCACUCACCACCAGCCCCCUUGUGCACCUCUGCUUUCUAACUCCCUUGGGGGUGACGUCGGUGGCAGUCACAGCUCCUAGCAUAAUGAGAGUUCCAUUUGGUAUUGUCACACGUCUUUCCUGCCUCGCCUGGAUCAUCACGUCUGAGCGAUGGCCCUGUCGAUUUCAGUCCGCCUUCUCCGGAAUCCGGACAUUGUCAGGCAGUUGUGGCUCUGCUAGAUCUCUAGUGCAUUGCUUUAUCCAAGCUGCUCCGCGUUUAUAGUCUUCAUUUUUAAAGUCUGAUUUUGAAAAUGUGUGUAGUAGUCACGUGGUCUGCUUGCCAGCAGGCCGUACCUGCUUAUUUCAUUCCUUUACGGUGAUGUUAGUCACUCCCCGACUCUUCAGGAGUCCGCUGUCCACGCGACCUGUGUCAUUUCAGGCGGAAGGCUGGUGGCCUCGCUUCCCAGGGUGCUGCUUCCUUGGUGGGGUGCAUGGGGGUGGCAGCUGAGGGAGCGGAGAGAGCUCAGGUACAAGGGAGAACCCCAAGUGCUUCCAACAGGAGGGCCCUGAGAAUUCUCUCCCGAGCUUAAAGAAGAUAGCUGCUGGGCUGUGCAGUUUACAGGCGCUGGGAGCGAGAGAGGCAGCCCUCCAGUGUGUGUCCCUAGUUUGAAGACGCUGAAGUCCUUUUAGACACUUGGCUUCUCAUUUAUUUUCUUUCCCAGUGUUCAUUGGUUGUCAGGCACCAAGUUUCACAGAAUGUCCUAGAAGCAGAUUAUAAGUUGAAGCAAGGGCAGUGUGAGGCCAGGGUAGGCUUGGCAGAUCAGAAAAGCAGAGGCAAAAUGCUUGGCUAUAAUUUACUUUGUAAAAUAAUACAGACAGAGUCUACACGGGAUGUGUGGAGAGCUGAGGCCUGCCAGGCCCAGGACCCUUGCACACCCACCCUCAGGGGCCCCACACCGACAGGCCAUGCUCCUCUAAGAAGCCCAAUUCUGUGGCUGUCAGAAUCCACAGAGGUGAAGCCCGGGUCCUCUGUACCUGCUGUGGGAACCCUGCCUUCAUUGUCUGCCGAGUAGCACUCUCAGUGCUCUGCAGAGAAUCUGAGCAGAUAAGCGCAUGAGCUCCCAGGCUGGGCCAGCUGCCGUGAUGGCAUCCUGAUGAGAAAUGGCUGUGUGAACCUUCAUAGGGAGUCCCGUCCAUUGGUGACAGGCAGUAGUAGACAGCGGGGUGCCGACUGUUGAAGACUGAAGCACUCUCGGGCUCCGUUGUUCUCUUCAUCACCAAAGCUAGAGACGAGCAUAUGCAAGCCCUCUCCAUCCUGGCGCUGGGCUCCUUACUGAGUGCAUCUGAGGUGGGCUUCCCCUUGUCCUCUGCACGUAAUGACUGUUGAAGCCCAUAGGAUUUUGUUCCUAAGUCUCCUGCUAAUGGAGGACCAUGCACACAGGGGGAGCACAAAACCUUGUUUUUGGGUUGACGAUCAGCAUCGUGUGUGCUGCUGUCCCAGCCAGAAGAGAGGACAUCUUGGCUCACUCCCCAGGAGAGGCUAUGUCCCCUCUCAGGUGUGACUUCAACCUACUUCCAACCCAUGUACAUGUUCAAAGUCACAGGGACAGCAACUUUGCCUUUUCCUAAGGAGCGCCAGCCGCUGAACGAACAAGCAGCAUCUGAGUCUUUUGGAAAAGCCCUUCAAGAGUAAAGCAGAGAGAAAGCAAGCCUUCCACCUGUCCCUUGGACUGAGGGGACACAGAGACAGUUCCUUUUUCUCUCUAAAAAACCAAAGGUGAUACAGAAUGGGUUCCCUCUUCCUUGAUGUUUCUGGGGGACAGCAUAUGAUCAGGCACAAUAAUGUUCUUUUUUCAAUUAAAAGCAGACCUUUUGUAGAAAAGCAAUCACAGGUACAGGGGUAAAGUGAAGUCAGCUGUGGGAGUGGGGACAGCAGGGGCCCAGGCCAUGAGGUGGGAAGGAUGUCUUGUGGGAUCCUGUCUGUCAAACAUGACCUGAGAGCCCGGGUCACUGACAAAGAGUGUGUGGCAUUUUAACUAAAUCCUCAGUGUGUAACAGGCAGAUUCGAUAAAUGAAGCAUUUUCUCUUGUUGAGUUUUAUGCGUUUGUAUUUUUCUUUCAUGAGUUAUGAUUACAAGGCCUCUGCCACACUCCAGGAAUACUUGUGCAGCUGGUAAAAAAAAAAAAUGUAUGUGUCUGGUCACUUAUUUCUCUAAAAUUAUCUCCUUGCCUGGCAAUCAGCCUUGUAUACUUGUCCUAGCACAUCAUGUAUGUCGGAAGUGUGCACAGAGUGAAGGAGACUAGAAGAAUUGUGAAAUGUCUUGUGCAUUCGGGCUUCACAUGUUUAACUUUUUUUUUAAGAAAAAAAGUUGCAUGAAUGAAAAAAUAAUUCUGUAUACAGUUUCUGUAAAAAUGGCUUAUCUGUUUUGAUUUCUUGCUUCUGCCCCCGCACAAACUAGAAUUUAGUGUGGCGUGUGGCCAUAUUCAAACACCUAAGAAGCAGUUCGUCGUUGGGUUCGAAGCAGCUCAUCCUAGCAACGCUACCACUAUUGUGCUGCAUUCUGAGUCCUGAGGACCUUGUCUCAUACAUUGCCAUGAAUUAGCCCUACCGCCUUUCUUCUCAAGGAUCAACCAGUUUGAUUUGCAAAACCGCCCCUUUCCAGAGAUGCUUACUUCCCUGGUGUCUGUAGAUAUUGCCUGUGUAUUCCAUUUACAACCAUAAUCUAGUUUGUAAAAGCAAUGGUGACGCAUGUAAAUAAAGCAUUGAUGACACUCUGCU